UCCGAACAUUCUGCUCCAUUCUAUAAUCUCAGUUGGUAGCUGAUACGGAAGCUAUUCGGAAAUUGUUCUACAAUGGUGCGGGCUUGGUUUAUGGACAACGAAACCACCGAUCAGCGGUUGGAACAUCACCUAAAUCCCCCGGAAUACUUGACACUAGAAGAGCUCUUCAAAAGCACUGGAGUUGAGUACUUUAAGAUUAAUGUGCCGACCUAUGACUCCGAUGGAGUAUUGGAAAAGAUUCGCAAGGCCCGAGGCUACAGUUAUGAGGAUGAGAUUACCUGUUCCAAAGAAUGUCUACCGGAUUACGAAAACAAACUAAAAAACUUCUUUACCGAGCACCUGCAUACGGACGAAGAGAUCCGUUUCGUUAUUGAUGGUUCGGGAUACUUCGACGUUCGCAAUGGUAAAGAUGACCUUUGGAUUCGAGUUGAAGUUGUUGCUGGUGAUAUGAUUGUUAUCCCAGCGGGUAUUUAUCAUAGGUUCACGUUGGAUGUUAAGAACUACAUUCGGGCCAAGCGUUACUUUGUUGGAGAACCGGUUUGGUUACCAUAUAAUCGCCCAUGUGACGAUAUGCAAUGCCGCAAGGAUUACCUGCGCAAACUGGAAGUUGGUUUUGCUGCAUAACGUAACGUAAAUGUGUUAAGGCUACCAAAUUUUGUAGAAGCAGAUAUACUGCCCAUAAAAGCAUAACAGUCCCAUAUGGAUUUUGUUGUGAGUUCCAUUAGAAUCGAUUGUAAAUUACCGUCAUUUUACUUGUGCACUAAAAGUUACAUAUUUUGUUCAGAAAAUAACUUGAAAAAAUUCAAAACUAGGUUUUCCAAUCCAUAAGACCAUUUGGAGACAUACAUUUUCAACAGUGUUUUUCUCGGCUUACUGUUUUUCCUUAUGGGACAGAUAUGCUUGUAUGGACAGUAUACUACCUACCACUUAUGUGUUGUUAAUUAUUUCAAAGUGCCUUUCCGAAUAAAUAUCAUGGGGCAGCCAGCUUGUAAACU